CAUAAUAUUCAUUAGAAUGGCUUCUUCUACAAAAUUAUUGUGGCUUUGGAUGCCAAAUCUAUCUCCUAGUACUCUUUUGUUAAAAAAAAACAAUGGGUCACAACAGUCAUAGACCGUUCAAGGAUCUGUAAGUCCACACAUAAACGUUUAUGUGCGAAUUCCUGAAUAUCCAAUAGAUCGUUCCUGGAAAAAAAAAAAAAAAAAAAGAAAUGGUUAGGGAUCAUCUCCACGUAGUGAUGCUUCCGGGCUCUACCUUUGGCCACCUCAUACCCUUCUUCCAGCUCUCCGUGGCCUUAGCUAAAGCUGGAAUUCAUGUUUCCUUUGUAUCAACCCCAAGAAAUAUCCAAAGACUCCCUAAACUUCCUCCAAAUUUAGCAACUCUCAUAAAUAUGGUGGAGUUUCCAUUACCUUUACUAGGCAAUGACUUGUUGCCUGAAGGAGCUGAGGCCACUAUAGACGUUCCAGUAGAGAAAGCUGACUACAUAAAGACUGCAUAUGAUCGCCUCCAAUACCCUAUCAGCCAGUUCAUCGCUGAGCAAUUACCGGACUGGAUUAUAAUCGAUUUUUCUGGUCAUUGGGCGGUUGAAAUUGCCCAGAAUUAUGACAUCGGCCUCGUGUACUUCUCUGUCUUCUCUGCUGCUACUGCUAUUUUCUUUGGGCAGCCACCAGACUAUUAUUUUGUUGGUGAACACCAAAAGAAAGCUUGGCCAUCACCGGAGAGUAUGACAAAACCGCCGAAGUGGGUUAGUUUUCCGUCCUCUGUAGCAUACCGAGGUUAUGAGGCUAUUGGAUUACAUGCGGGGGUAUAUGCAGAGAAUGCUUCGGGGAUCAGUGUUGCUGCGAGACUUACAGAGGUUCUCCGUGCAUGUAAAGCAUUGGCUAUUCGUAGUUGUAGGGAGUUUGAAGGUGAAUACUUGAGUUUACAUGAGAAAUUGAUGGGGAAGCCAGUGAUUCCCGUAGGUUUACUCCCUCGGGAAAGACAUGGAGUGAUAGGCAGUGAUAGCUCAUGGAAGAUGAUCUUUGAAUGGCUCGAUAAACAAGAACCCAAGUCAGUUUUGUUUGUAGGGUUUGGCAGUGAGUGUCAGCUGAGCAAAGAACACGUUUACGAGAUUGCUUAUGGGCUACAGCUUUCUCAAGUGCCAUUUUUUUGGACAUUGAGAAAACCUUUCUGGGCUAUUGAUGAUGCUGACUCUUUGCCAUUGGGUUUUAUCGACACUACAUCUGGCAAAGGAAUGGUGUGUAUGAGCUGGGUACCGCAAAUGGAAAUUCUGGCGCACCCAUCAAUUGGGGGAUCAUUGUUUCACUCUGGGUGGGGGUCUGCAAUUGAGAUGUUACAAUUUGGUCACUGUCUUGUUGUGUUGCCAUUAAUCUAUGACCAGCCUUUGAAUGCAAGGCUUUUGGUGGAUAAGGGUGUGGCUGUAGAAGUAGAGAGAGGAGAGGACGGAUCGUUUAGCAGGGAUGGCAUAGCCAAGGCUGUGAAGCUGGCCAUGGUGUUAGAAGAAGGAGAUAAAUUAAGAACUCGUGCAAGAGAGGCUGCUGCAAUAUUUGGAGACGAGAAUCUGCAUCAGAUGUGCUACAUUGGUCACUUUGUUGAGUAUUUAAAACAUGGCAUGGAGGAGGGUUUUGCUUGUUAAUUUGGAGAAACCAAAUAAACUUUCUAGAUUUGGUAAAAUAUUAUCCGUAUAAGAAAGAGUAAUCACAACUGUGAUGUUAAUAAAGAGGUUGCAUUUCUAAUUGAUAAACGUGACCUCGGCAGUUUCCAACGUUUCCCUGCCUUUGCUAUUUGUGAUGCAGUGAUUUCGAAUUUUCCAUUUGUAUAAUGUUGUCUUACUGUAGCUAUAGUCGUGGCUGCUGGUUAUGAUUGUCAUAGUGCUAAGAGUAUAUUGGUGUUUUGUGAUGCACACAAAAGGUUUGAAUUUUU